AUGAAGUAAAGGAAAGUAGCACAUUAAAAACGCAUAAAUUAAAAUUAGUGUUAAGAAACAGGCAGAAUGGGUAACUCAAAUGGUGACAGCGGUGAAGUUCAACAAGAACGUCAACGGAAUUGUGAUAUUUCUAAUUCUUGGAAUAAAAUGAAAGGAAUUACGGAGGAGAAUAUGCCCAAGGAAUGUGAUAGUUCUACGGUAGAACUUCGUGCACGUAAAAAUGGAUUCAAGGACAAUGUGGUAGAAGCCGCACCUACCAAUGGUUGCCUUAAGAAUUGCACCGCAAACACCACACAAUGUGCUACAGCAAAUGGGACAGCAUGCAGCAACAGCAACAGCAACAGCAAACAGUCAUUAUAUACACCAGCGAAAAAACUCUCCGAAUUUGCUGCAGAGCAUACGCGUAAGACGUCGUUCGAGGAAGUGCCGCUUCAUACUGCCUGUCUCACAUAUCUAGGCUUCUAUUUGCUUAUGAUACUCGGCUAUAUAAAUCAGCUACUAUUCGUACCGAAAGUUGCCAAGGAGGAGAAUCGUGAAGGUUAUGUUACGCUCUAUGAUGCCUUUGAGAGUUUUUACUCGCGCUAUGUGUAUAGACGUGUGCGUGAUUGUUGGAAUCGUCCCAUUUGCAGUGUGCCUGGUGAUGAGGUCACACUCAAGGAUCGUGUUACCAAUGAUUAUGGUUGGAGUUUUCAGUUUACUGGCACUGAGACGCGGUGUUUGAAUUUAGGUUCAUACAAUUAUUUGGGUUUCGCUGAUGCAACAGGUCCCUGCGCAGAGCAGUCGGAAGAAACAGCACGUGAAAUGGGUUUGGCCAUGACCAGUACGCGCGUUGAGUUGGGCACAACACAACUGCAUCUGGAUUUGGAAAGUUUGACGGCACGUUAUCUGGGUGUAGAAGAUGCCAUCGUGUUUGGCAUGGGUUUCGCUACAAACGCACUCAAUUUACCCUCACUCAUAUCGCCUGGUUGUCUUGUUUUGAGCGAUGAAAAGAAUCAUGCAUCUAUUAUUUUGGGUCUACGGUUGUCGGGCGCUACUACAAAAGUAUUUAAGCACAAUAAUAUGCGCGACUUGGAGCGGGUGUUACGUUACAAUGUGGUACAUGGCAAUUCCAAAAAUGGUGGUAAACCGUGGAAGAAGAUAUUGAUACUGGUAGAAGGUGUUUUCAGUAUGGAGGGCUCUAUUGUACGCUUACCGGAGAUCAUUGCUUUGAAGAAGAAAUACAAAGCAUAUUUGUACUUGGAUGAGGCACACAGCAUUGGCGCUAUGGGUCCGCAUGGUGGCGGUGCAGUUGACUACUUCGGUGCAGAUCCUAAAGAUAUCGACAUAUUAAUGGGCACUUUUACUAAGAGUUUCGGUAGCGCUGGUGGCUAUAUUGCCGGUUCGAAGCGUCUAAUUGACUUUUUGCGCACAAACAGUCAUGCACAUUGCUAUGCCAGCAGUAUGUCACCGCCCAUUGCUCAGCAGAUUUACACUUCGAUGAGUAUUAUCAUGGGACUGGAUGGCACCGACACCGGACGUCAGAAGAUCAAUCAGUUAGCGCGUAAUACACGCUAUUUCCGUCGACGCUUAGCGCAGAUGGGCGUAAUCACCUACGGGCACGAAGAUUCGCCGGUAGUGCCUAUGCUGGUGUAUUUGUUUUCGAAAAUUGGCGCCGUUGUACGCACAUUGACAACACGCCACAUCGCCGUUGUAGGUGUCGGUUUCCCAGCGACGCCAAUUAUGGAAGGGCGUAUACGUUACUGCUUAUCGGCGGCACAUACCAAAGAACAAUUAGAUUACGCUUUAGAAGUCAUCGACGAGAUCAGUGAUAGACUAGGCUUAAAAUACUCACGAAAACCACGUGAACCCAACACAAUUGAGUAUUGAAGUAGCACUUUUGUCUGUAUGUAAUAUGUAAAUGAAAUAUUUGAAACUCGCAAAGAAAACGCAGAUAUACAUAUAGUACUGGUAGCAAUAGCUUUAGUGAACAACUGCAAAACCGAGAAAUGUAUGUAUGUACAUAUGUACAAUAGAAAUUUGGACAAUGUGUGCAUCAAUAAGGCAAAGGACACAUCAUGAUUUUCCCAAAUACUUAUGCUAAAAGUGUAUGUAGUUGUUUUUAGUGGCUUUUGCUGCAAUUUGCUCGCUGAAUAUCUGCACCGUAAAAUAUAUUUACCUAAACAUUUUGAAUAUGCAAACAAAGCAUUACUUUAAUCUAAAUAGAAAAAAUAUAUAUGUAUAUCUUGAUUUAACAGUUAACGGUUAUACAGUUAAUUGCAAUUGAUCACAUUUGAAUACCGUAUGCACAAAUACGAACGAGUUUUGUUCGUAUGCACUGCCAAGCAGGUUCAGGAAUGGAAAUAAAUAUACUACGUAUGUGUAAAUGUUAAGUUGGCAACAUAUUGUUGGAAUUGUUACUUGAAAGAAAUAGAAAAAAAAAACUG